CAUUCGAAUGAUCCUAAUUUUAAAGUGUUUUGUGGCUCGUGUCCGCGUUCAUUUACCAGAGUUGAAAGUCUUCGAAAACACUAUCACCGAGAUCACCGAGCCAUCGAUGAGCAUUGUGGAGGUGACGAUAUGGCCGUGACCAAUUAUGACUUGUCAAGACGAUGGUGAACGACCAGAAAACGAUGAAAAGUGUGCUGAAAACCUUAAGUAUCAUGCUGCAAAGUUUUUGCUCCGGGCUAAAAAAAGAGGGAAUAUCACACAAACUCCUCUCGACACUGUCAAGAUUUCUACCAAGGAUCUUUUGAAUGAGUACUUUGACAUAGUCAAAGCUAGUUUGAUUCGAAAGCUACGUGACGAGGUUGGUGAACAAUUCCAGUUUUCGCAAGAUAUGGAAAAGCUUUUUGAUGCAGAUAGUGUAUUUGAGGGAUUAAACACGGAGUACCAGCAGCAAUCUUUCUUUAAGAGUCAGUUCAAUUUAGUGGAACCAAGGAAAGAAAAGUUAGGAGUUCAAUGGAAGCAUGUCACCUGUGGAGGGAGGAAGAUUUUGAAGCGGAUCACUGCUUAUGAUUACCUAGUUCCAUUGCUUCAGAAUUUAGAGGCACUUUUGAACAAUCCAGAUGUUAUGAAUGAAGUUGACAAUCCUCAUUCUUCUGAUGAUGGUAUAAUGAGAGAUAUCAUGGAUGGAGAAUUUUUCAGAAACCAUCCAAUAUUUUCCAGAAAUAAUAAAGCCCUACAGCUUCUUAGUUAUUAUAAUGACUUAGAAUUAGCAAAUCCAUUGGGAUCCAAGGCAAAGAUUCACAAAAUUGGUGUUUUCUAUUACCCUAACCCUAACCCUUGGGAAUAUACAACCAUUAUAUCGGUCCUCGACAAGAACAAUUCAGUUGCUUAA